AUGUCUACGUUCAACUUGUCAACAUACCUGAAGUCCCGGAAAGCGGAAUUUCUAGCUGAUAAUGGGGAAGGAUGGACAGUAGUAAUGGGAAAUGAAGCGGGUGACCUCGAUUCUCUCGCUAGUGCACUCGGAUAUGCCUGGUUGCGCUCCAACAAGAGCGGAAAAGCGAUCGCAUAUAUAACUACACCUAGGGAGGAUUUUGGCCUUAGAGCAGAGAAUUUGCACGCCCUUGGUCUCGCUGGCAUCGACCACCCUUUUGAAGAACUUUAUUGCUCUGGUGAUCCCAUUCCAUCACAAGUGUCCCAGUUUGCACUUGUGGAUCAUAAUGUCCUUGACACCAGAUACGCAUAUCCGACAGCCAGGGUUGUUGCAGUGAUAGAUCAUCACGAAGAUGAAGGACAAUACAUGGAUACUAGUACGACUGAUCCCAGGAUAGUCGAACCGGCUGGAAGUUGCUCGUCUCUUGUUACAAGAUUGUAUCAAUCGUCUUCCAACCUUUCCAUACUCCCAGAAAUAUCCACACUCUUGCUAAGUGCUAUUUUAAUUGAUACUCACGGCCUGAAAGAGGGAGGAAAAGCUCUGGAUGUUGACAAGGAGGCAGCUGCGUUUUUAAUUCCCAAUUCCCUUCUGGCACACAAGGAAGAAAUAUCCGCAUCAUCAGAUAUCCAAACAAUCAUCCACCUCCCUUCCGUCCAGUCUCUGUCCACAACGUUAAGAGAGGAGAAACUCUCUGUAUCCCAUCUCAGCACGCGGGACUUACUGCGGAGGGACUACAAAGAGUACUCAUUCAGCAGGCCCGCAUCUGAGGAUGCGACGCAAUCUUUCAAUACGAUGAGAGUGGGUCUUGCCACUGUUCCGCGUCGCCUCUCCGCAUUCUUUACAUCGUCAAGUUAUCCUAUAAAAGAAAUUCAAGAUUGGUUCGACGAAAGAGACCUUAGCGUUCUCGGCAUCCUCACUACUUUUCGGAGCACGAAAGGCAAGGGGCGGGAGCAACUUUGGAUAGUCAAAGCAGAUGAAGGCAUCGCAGAGAAACUUUUGCAAGGUCUCGAAUCAAGCGAAGAGCUUAAACUGAGAAGGCUUGAUUUCCCAAAGUUCGUGGGCAACGCCAACACGGCUGAUGAAUCUGAGGACGAUGAUGUUGAAGAAGUAACGGCCGAUGAAGCGCGAUUCGGGGAUUCAUUUGUUGCGAGGGCGUACGAGCAGGGUAACGCGAAGGCGACAAGGAAGCAGACUGCCCCCAUUCUCCGGAGACUUAUGGAAGGGCUAUGA